AUGGCGCAAGAAUUGUCAUCCAACUGGAAGAAGUUACAAGGAAAGAUAAAGGCCGAAUCUACCGCAACUUCUUCAUCGGCAACAAAAGCCACAGUUAAGCGGAAAGCCGACGAGGAAACGGCGUCCAAAUCUCAGCCAAAACGGCAGAAGCUACAGAAUUCAUCCAAACAACAGCGAGAGCAACGGCCAUUAUCAAACACAUUUAAUAAGUCUUCUCGUAAGCCUACUCAUACACCUUCAUUAAAGAAACCAAUGGGCGUCGCCCAAUCCUCUGUUAUUGCCAAAGGCACACCAGCAACUAUUACGCCCUCGCUCGCUCUCUGGGCCGAAGACAAUGAUAUAUCGCCAGAGGACUUAGCUGAGGCCUACAGCCUGGGUGUCAAAAAUAAUGCCUCUCUUAUGGCCGCGGAGCCGCCCCGUGUCAACGAGGGACUAGCACCCGGAGUCGAUGUCGGCAAGUACAUAGCGCUAGACUGUGAGAUGGUCGGUAUAGGACCCGAGGGGCGGGAGUCAGUGCUAGCACGUGUCAGCAUUGUUGAUUUCCACGGACGACAGGUGUAUGACUCGUUCGUACGGCCACGCGAGCCUGUGACCGACUGGAGAACUCACAUAACGGGAUUGACGCCGCGCAUACUAUUACCCGUCGCACGCAGCUUCGACGAGGUGCAAGAAGCUGUCGCGGUACUCAUGCGUGGACGCAUCAUCGUGGGCCACGAUAUCCGGCACGAUCUAGCCGUGCUACAGCUGGACCAUCCCUCGGGACAGAUCCGGGACACUGCACGGUUUGCUGGGUAUAGGCAAUACGGGCACGGACCCAAGCCGGCACUCAGAGUUCUAGCGCGCGAGGUAUUAGGAGUUGAGAUUCAGACCGGCCAUCAUUCGAGUGUUGAGGACGCGCGAGUUGCCAUGCUGCUCUUCCGGAAACGAAAGUCCGAUUUUGAUGUCCAACACGCGGGUAAGUACGGCUUGCCUACGGAGAAGACGAUAGCAAACGAGAAGGUAAAUAUCUCCUAUUAG